AUGAGUGCGAAAAAAUUAAACAAGUAUAAAUAUGCGCUUAUCACAGCUUGCAAUAAUAUUUUACUACUAGUUAUUGGCAAAUUGGCCCAUACCUGUAAUCUCAAGGAAGAGCAGGAUUUAACUGACUCUGAGUCAGAAGAAGAGUUUAGUGACGCCAAGUCAGAAGCUUCGGCACAAUUAGGGAAAAAUGCAUCUUUACAGGUCAUAAACAACAAUUAUACGGAAUUUGCUAAGCGUGUCGAGGAGCUUUCGGAUGCAUUUGAGCGUUCUUUGAUCAUUGAAGGUAUGACACAAUCUAAGGCCCAUGAAAUGGCAGUCGAGCAAACAGUUAACGUUUGUAGACUUAAUACUCGGUCGGAUUUGGUCAAAUCAAUUUUAUCGUCAACUACCUUCAGUGAUUCAAAAGACGUAGUGGCAAAAAUGAUAGUCGAACAAAAUAAUCAAGUGAAAGAGCGCCAAGUGUUAGCGUUUCGAUCCCGAGUAAAUAGGCCAAAUAGUUUUAGAAGUAGCUUCAAAGGUCACAAUUUUAAUAGGUACACUAAUAACGGUAAUAACAGUAGGUACAACAAUAACGGCGCAAGGCAUAACGGCAAUAAUUUCAAUAAUAAUAGCAAUCGGUCAUCGAAUAACAGCAACCGGAACAAUAACAGCAACAUUAAUAGUAAUAGACGUCCAAAUUCACGCAAUAAUAAUAAUGUGCGUACUUUAAACGCCCACGCCCCUCAGGAGCGAACACUGAGGGCGGAGGAAUGGGACAAUUAA